AUGUCGUAUAAAUGGCACCAUAAUUUUCCUAAAAUUGCACGCGAAGCUGGUUUCAAGUUACGUGAAACAACUGUGGGACAUUGUAUUGAUUGGAGAUUUAUAGCGUCCGCAGAACCACAUUGUAUUCUUAGUGAGCAUGAAUACGAAAAACUUGAUGAAUGUAUUCCGCACUUAACCGAGGUGCCAAUCGCGAAUCUUCUCAAUACUCGAAUUCUUGAUCCUGCCAUCGGAAAAUAUUUCACGCUCGCCCAAUUCAGUAUCCAGUACUUAUCGUUUUGCAAACAGUUUCUAGAUGAUGCUGUGUAUGAAAUCAAAAACAGCAUUCACGAUUUGCGCAAUGAAAAUGAAAAAUUGGAUAAAAUUAUUAAAAAACGUACCGAAGAAGUGGCGUUACUUCACAAAAAGUUGCAACGAGCAGAAAACAUGAACUAUAACCACUUCCAGCAAUCAAACGUCGUUUAUGCGUGCACAAAAUGUACAAAAAACUUUAUCAGCUCGGAACUAUUGAACGCACAUAUGGCACGAAAACACGUGUCCAACAUUCGCACUCUUGAAACAGUCUUUGAACGGAAAUCCUCGGCUACUGACACAAACUUGAUUAACACCAUCAAGUUGGAGCUUGAAGUUAAACAAUUGAAGGAACGGUUAAAUGUGGCUGAAAAAGAUCUCCUCAAUCAUCGUUCUCAAAACCAUUCAUGUCUCAUUUGUUCUAACAAAAGCAAUAAUGCAACUGAGGGAAGAAAGGAAAAAAUCUUUCGAAGCGUUAGCAUUCAAACUAAUCUAACAGAUGAUAAGGAUUGCAAUGAAACAGAAGUAAAACAAUUCAUCAGCAAUCCGUUGUGCAUCGAAACACUUACGCCUUCUGUGACGCGACAUCUGGAAGAGCAAGCUGUGCAAGCAUCUGAAGUGAUUUCGAAAUCAGACCUGCAAUCUAUUAUUGAUGAGCAAAAACGGCUCUUUGAUAGCUGGAAGAUAGGGGAAACACAAAUGUUUAAUCAAGAAAUUGAAACUGUUAAGCAACACCUAGUGGAUGCAAUUCAUACGAUAGAAAAGUCCGAACGAAAUACUCCCAUACCAGUUCUCAAUGGUGACGUGUGGAAAGACAGAUAUCAAGAUUUGGAGAAAAUGUACGAAAUUAGCCAGAAACAAGCGAGCGAAACGAUAGCUUCAUUUGAAAAAGCGUACGCUACAAAGCUGGAUCAACUCCAAAAAAUGCUUCUACAGGCACGAGAAUUAGAGCACAAGGAAAAUCCAAAAACAUGCCAAUUUAUUGAACUGACUCAGCACACAUUUGCGUAG